UUGCUCAGCAUUUGGAGACUUACUCUCGGCGGAAUACGAAAUGCGUUUACUUUUAAGCUGCGCUUUUAUACUGACAGCCGUGGGGCUUGGCGACGCAUACAAGGUGCCCACGGCACAGGUGCGUGUCUUUUAUCCCAAAGGAUUUGAGGUUUCCAUACCGCAUGAGGAGGGCAUUUCAUUGUUUGCCUUCCACGGCAAGCUGAACGAGGAGUUCGAUGGAUUGGAGGCGGGCACUUGGGCACGCGAUAUACCCAGUGCCAAGAGGGGGCGUUGGACAUUCCGUGAUCGUGAAACGGCAUUGAAUUUGGGCGAUACUCUCUACUACUGGACGUAUGUCAUCUACAACGGGUUGGGCUACCGCGAAGAUGAUGGCGCGUAUGUGGUCACCGAAUAUGCUCCAAAUCGAAGAAAUUAAGUGAGAAAUGUGAUUUUGUCUUGAGUGAUAUUAAAAAAAAAACUAUUUGCCUGCUACACCUGUAAAUACUACAUAAAUAGAGCCUGCACUUUAUUUGAUUUUAAGCCAUUUGGAAUAUUAUUCAAAUUGUAUCAAUAAAUUGGGAAGCUGAUAGCAGUUUUCACAGUGCACAUAUGGAGAGUGCCAUGUAUAAUGCAAUUAA